CUCAUCCCAGCCUGGCGUGGGACAGGGAGGAGAAAUGGCUGCAGUGGAGCCAACUCAGGGGCCGGUGACCUUCGAGGAGGUGGCUGUGCAUUUCACCAGGGAAGUGUGGGCUCUGAUGGAUCCCACUCAGAAAGCCCUGUACUGGGAUGUCAUGCAGGAGAACUAUGAGACUGUGACCUUGCUGGGAACUGCAGUCACAGCAGGGAGGGCUUUGUCUCAUGGGAAGGGAUCCGUGACUGUCAUAGAGGCGGUGGAAGUGACGGAUUCUGUGACUUCCCGCGACCUCCAUGACUUCUAGGUGAAAGCUGGAGGC